AUGACAUAUUGCCAAACAACAACAACAGCAACAACAAGGCCGGAUUUUAUUUACAAUUGUUCAUUUUUAAAUAAUACAUAUUUAACAAAUUCAGCAGUUUCUGAUCAAUUUCAAUUUAUUAAUCAAACAUCAGUUAGUCUUACUGCUAGUUACGCAUUUACAUUAUCAACAACAUUUGAACUUGGUCUUAUUUAUCAAUUUUCCCCUUCAAAUUAUCUUGUACCAUUUCCUGUUAUAUUUAAUUGUGCAUCCAUUGUACAUUCUUGUCAACUAAAAACAAUAACUGGUACAACAGUAUCAACACGUGAUUCCGAACCAAUACGUGUUGAAUUAACAUCAUUUAAUUAUACAAAAACUACAACAUCAAGUCAAUUUAAUCAGAUGAGUUUAUAUUUAAAACAAGGACGUUAUCAAUUGAGCAAUUGUUCAUUAAAUAAUGACCAACAAAUGACAGAUCCAAAAACAAUAUUUUAUAUACAAAUCGACUAUGAAAAAUCUGUUGGUACUCCAUGUGAUUCAAUGAGUACAACAUGUGGUUCACCUUCAUUAACAACUUGUUCGUCAUCAAAAUGUGCCUGUAUUUCAUCAGCUAGUUCAGUUGUAUCGUAUUCCGAUUCACUUUAUUGUGCUGAUAUGUUGAAUACAUCAAAUUGUCAUAUAUUCCCAUCACGUUGUAUAAUGUGGUGUAAUCAAACAACAAAUUAUCUAUGCAUUUGUCCUAGUGAUACAUUAAAAAUUCAACGAAAUAAUAUCUUUAUUUGUGAAUUACCUGUUAAUUCAGAUAAUUGUUCAAUUGAUGAUAAUAUACGUCGUUGUUCACUUGGACAAUGUUGUCUUAAUGGUCAAUGUAUGGAUUGUUCAUUAGCAACAUCAACAACAACAUUAAAAACAAUCAAUAUAAAUGAUAGUACAAUAGAUGAACGUCUUCGUAUAGCUCUUAGUGUUAUAGCUGGUUUACUAGGUACAUCCGUGCUUAUUCUUUUAGUUGCAUUUUAUUGGUUACGUCGUAAACAAAAAUUAUGUCGAUUAACAGCGGAAAAAUCACUUGAAUCAUCAUCUUCAUCAUCACUUUAUAUCUCACCUGUACAACAAAAGCAACAACAAGAAAAUUAUUUCUCGUCAACAUCACCAAUUUAUCAAUUAUCAUAUAACGAUGAGAAGACAAGCAAACCAUUUUAUCGAGCUGAUUCAUUUCGUCAAGCUGUUAGAUUUGGUCAUAAAGAAAAACAAAUUAUUGAACAUGUAUCAACAAAACGUGAUAGUUUUAUUAAUGAAAAAGAUGGAUGGUCAUCGCCAACUUUUAGUACAUUAGAAUAUGUUAUCCCAACAAUAGCUGAUGAAAAUAUGAAUAAUAACAAUAAUAAUAAUAAUACGUAUACUUAUCAAACAAUCAUUCCAUCAUCACCAGUUCUUACUCAUGCUGUAUAA